AAAACUUCAGAAGUAUGCUGUUACAUAGAGAGAGUAAUAGUGUUACUAGUCAGUCACAGAAAAGCUCAAAGCUGGAAGAUGUUUCUUGGGGUAACAUAAUACGGGAUCUUGUCGAUAUUAUUGAUAGCAAUUGCACUUUAACCAGCUCUUCUAAAGAGAAAAAUCCAUCGGCACAAAAGGAAUUGGCUGAUACUCUUCUCGCAGUAGUGCGAGUCUCUUUAGAGGAUAUGUGGGGAACUAAUGGUGAAGGAAGAAUUUUUAAUAGUUUAUUUAAUGAUUUUAUCCUGAAUGCUUUGCGGUUUGCUUUUACCUCUUUGAGGGAUAUUCAUAGAGUAGAUAUUCAUUCCAAUAUGUGGUGUCUCGCCAGAGACAUACUGGCGCAUGCUACUGUUUUGCAACAUCUUGGAAAAAGGCAACUUGCAAAGUGGUAUGAAUUAUGCUUUGAGCUUUUCCAAUUUAUAGAGACUGUUGAUAUCACUUUUCGUCGAAUGCAGCUAACGGCUGCUCGUCAAAUUGUCGUCACGCUGAUUCAGACAGGUCAACUUUUUGAAUUAGCUGAUGAAACUCUUCUGCGCAGAUUGAUCAAGACUACCAUUCAGUUUCUUCAAAGUGUUCAUAGCUAUUCAGUUACAGAUGAUGAUGGAGCUUCCUUUGGGAUAUCGUGCCUUUUUCACAUCUUGUGUAGGCGUGGUCUAGAACUUGACUCCGAAACUCUUCAUCAUAUAGACAAUAUGGCAACAUAUGUUUCGAUGAGUUUGCUGAGUGAAAGAAAAUGGCACGCUGGUGUUGUUGGUUAUCUUGUUAUCAUCUCAAGCCUAUUACGAACCCCAAAAUGCUCAACGAAGGAGGCCAUAUAUAUGAUUACGGAAUAUCCUCGACAACAGUUUUCAAACUGCUCUGAAGAAAUCAUUGAAUAUCUUUCUCAUUUGCUCAGUCUAUCGGAAUUGCUUAGUCUUUGGCAGAAACAGGAAUUGUCGCCUGACUAUAUCACAUACUUGCUUACAUUCAAAUUACAGAGCCUUUCCACCGUUCGUAGAGAGCUAAAUGAACAACUCGAACUUUUUAAUACUUUAUGCUCCCUUUUCGAAACAACUUAUACUUCCGAACCCUCUUACCGAGGCAGAGAAGAGUGCAAAAGAGACGUUUUUUUCUGUUGUUUCCAUAUGGUGCAACUUAUUUCGCUUCAUAGUACAAUAUUCCAUCUUUCUUAUGCAUACAAAUUUUUCCAUCUGUCUGCAAGAUAUUUCACUCCGACAAAUUCCGAGAUUUCUACUAUGUUCGUAGUGACAUGCUGUUUCUUUCUGCAUGGUCUCUUCAAUAGUCCUCGAGGGUUGGGAAGUAUUUACUAUUUUGAUUUAGACAUGGCGGCAAUGAAAAUUUUAUCAGCCAAUGACAUUGUUAUUGAAAAGAACUUGUUAGUUUGUGCAAUAUCACACUUUACCUGUUACUUUGGUAGCUCAUUUCUACGCAAGGUCAUGAAAGGAAAUUUUACCAAGUUUCUUACAACUUUGAAUGAACUUGACUAUUUGUUCCUCAGUCAGUUUGUCGAGUUAACUGUGAUGAUAAUUUCCGGCAAAUUCUUUCUCAAGUUGCCAAAGUUACUGAAUCAUUGUUCUUAUUGCACCUCUUGCUAUUCUAACAAAUCCGAUUUUAGUAUCCUCAUGGACAGAAUGGAAUGUAGAAACGAUUCGAUUGAGGUUGUAACAAGAUCAUUUCCACAAAGAGAGCAUUUCUGGUCGCAACUAUUCAGUAUUCAAAAGCCUUUUAGGAAGGAAGGAACUAAAUUUUCUGAAAAGGCAGUAGCCUCAUCUUUGACAGUUUUCGUUGCAGAACUAGACAAGUUGAUUUCCACGAGAAGAUCAGCAUAUGUAAACGUGAAACUUUCUUAUUUUUUUGCAGAGUUACUGCGUCAGGUGACAUGCAACUUAGAAAAUGCUAUGAAUUUAUCGUCGCUAAAAGAGACAGCUCAGAAUUUCUUUCUUGAAAUUCUUGCAAGUUUCGAAUCCGUUGUUUCUGUCAUUUCCACCAACGAGAACGACUUGUGGGAUAUUGCUGUCUUUGCAAAGUCCAUCGCAACAGUUUUGUCGAUCGAUCAUAGUCUUAGUUGGAGUCUAGAGCUGAAAGAACGAGCGAAAUCAGUAUUGCAACAAUGUCUGCAGAUAUCUGCAGAUUUUUCCGGAAGCUUAGAGGACGCGGAAAUAUGUUCGAGAGCUGAAUUAACACAUACAUCCAAGAAAAGAAGAAUUUCACUCACGAAGCCUGUUGCUUAUUUUCAGGAGAAAACCGUGAAUCGAGAGUUUGUGAAUUUCUUCCAUCUGAAGGAAUUGGGCUUUUCAAAGUUGUUUGAAUGUCCUUCGUUCAUUACUUAUAUCAAAUAUAUCAUGUUCUCCUAUUUCUUCAGUCAGAGUUGUUGUUUUUUAUAUCCGAAUUUCAAUCCUCCUCUGCACUCGUCCUGGAGGACUAGUUUUUCCUCAUUUCUGGAAUCUUUUGAUAUCGUUACGGAGCAGAAUGUCAUUUUGUUUUAUCGUUGCCAUACUGUGUUUUAUUGUAACAAUGAGGACUAUCAAUAUACAUUGGAACAGUUGGACAUUUUGCUUUUAAAGAUGAUGAGAAGCGAGGAAGCCCUUCAUUGUUUUCCCUUGUCUACUCCAAGCAAUCUAGUCUCUUUGAAGUUACUUAUGAAUUUCACAAGAGUUAUCCUGGAAGAAAUAAAACAGCGUUUUCGACCCUGUUUGGAAGGAAAUGUUAUUGUAGAUAUUUUGCAUUUCUUGGAGUUCAUCGGGUCAAAAUUCCUUUCUUCACACGGUCACUGCUUUUUGGAUACAUUUUACAAAAUUUGGGUGUUGGCUGGAGUUGUCAUACAUAAGUUUAAAAGAGAAGAACUUAUUGAAAUAUUCUUACAUUGUUUCCAGUUCUUAUGGAAACGUCUCAGCGAGGGAGCAUUCUAUAGUCAUCGUCUAUGUAUGCAUUCCAUAAUCGAAUACGCUUGUCAAUUCGAAAAAAGUGUGUCUGACUUCAUCUUGCUUUCAACGAUUGAUAGUAUUUCGAAAUCCGCUCGGUCUCAAGAUCGCUUUCUUACUUUUUCCUAUCUUGUCAGUAAAUGCAGCAUUCAGUGUCUAGCACGAUGUUGCAGUGCGAUAUGUUCUGGAGCAAGUUUAAUGGAAUUGAAAGUACUCAAGCAUUUUUUACAAAAAAUUUCGAUGGAUAAUGGCUAUUGUAACUUGCAUAAUUUGUUUAGUCAACAUUCAUGGUGCAUUCUUCGCAGUUGGCUCGAGCAUGAAGAUGGAGAACUCCUGGAGUUCCCUUUUCACUUGUUUGAUUGGUCCCUUGGUUCAUUUCAACACUCUUUUCCUGCUGAAUUUUAUCUUCUUAAAGAAACGGAUAGAGCAAUUUUUCAAAAGUCAUCUCUGAUUUCAUCAAAUGCAUCGGAGCAAGAGUUGUUUGUGGCCCUUCUUGAUUCGAACUUAUUUCAAUGCUCUGCAAUAUCUAAGAAUAACAUCAGCGUUCAUUCUUCUGACAAGUUCGACUUGCUCUUCAGACAUAUUCUACAGGAUGAUUUUGAUGGCUUUUUAGCAUUUCAUUUGAAUUGGAUGCGACGGGAAUAUGGACUUUUUGUGAAUGCAUUUUCUGCUUUCUCAAUUUUGGAGCUGCGUAUUUUCUUAUCGAGACCGAAAAUAGAAGUAAAAGUGUUUUUCCAACUUAUCAGCAUGCUCGAUCGUUGUUGUUGUGAACGUAACCAAGCGGAUUCACUAUUUUCUUGUAUGUUGUUAUGGCUCGUCAUUCUGUUGCAUUUAAAUGAAGAACAUCUUAUGACGAACGAGCUUAUGAAACUUAUGGAGAAAAUAUUGAAUAGGCUUCGAGACCACGUUUCUGUAUUAAAAGUUGAAGACUCGCUUUUACAAGAAAUGUUUUCUUGUUUAUUGAUUCGUCUGAAUUUUCUUGGUUUGAAGUCGAUUGGUUUUUGCAAGAUUGCAUGUCAGUUUUUAAAAGGUUUACCCAGUAACAUAAUGUUACAGUUGGAGCCUCCCGCAACUCUUCCCAAUUCUUUACCAAAUGAAGCGAUGUGUUUGUAUCACAAGACCCUGUUCUGUGCGUAUCCCACAUUGGAGAUGCAACUAGAUUUCUUUGUUCGUGUAUGUACAAGGCGAGCUCUUUUGGGACCUUUCGUUGUUGUAGCAAGACUACAAUUAUUGCAAGAAAUAUUGGCGAGAAAUCGAGAAAAAAUUGCAGAAACUGGGAAGUUGGAAGGCCGGGGUCUUCAAGAUUUGCAAAGUAAAUGUACUGCUUAUUUGGUUUCCAUUCUAAAAGAUUGGCUUCCUUUUAUCUCAUACGAUGACCUUAUUCCAUUCGACCGGACGGAUAUCUAUGAUAUCGCAGAGAGAUGCCUUUUGUACUUAUUCCAAUCUUUUAUGUAUCCAGUUGGUAUUACUUGUUUUGAAAGUGCCUAUGUCUUUCAAGUUCCUUCUCUGCUGUCCUUUACAGAUUGGUCACAAGUUGUUGAGACCAUAAUUCAAAUUUCUUUUUCGAAAUUCUUGUCAUGUGAAGAAGAACCAUCUUGGACAGCCGCUUUUUGUGCUUUAUGUCGAUUGUUCAAUGACCGAAGGACCCAUAAUUAUAUGAAAAAUACAUCAUAUUUCAGUUCUUUGUUCAACCAAGAAAUUUUUCAUUUGCUGCAAGCAAGAAAUAAUAUGACAACGGUUGAAGAUUCUUUAAAUUCCAGUCACUUUGAAUGGCUUUUGAAAAACAAUUUUAGAAUGGAUGAGUCUUUAUGGUUACGGCAACUUACUUGCUGCUUGUUGCAUAAUUCUUGUAUCGAUUCAAGUAUUUUGAUUCAUCUUCGCGAGUUAUGUCUUGUCAGUUUGGAAAUUUCUGUGUUUCUAUUUCCCUUGAUAUUGAUGGAGAUUUAUCUCUCCGGUAAUAUAGACGAAUGGCACCGAAUACGCGAUGGUUUGAUAGUAACACUAAGUGACAGAGCGUUUUCUUCCAGGUUAACAGUGGUUUUGAUCGAAAGCUUGGAUUUUGUACGUUUUCAAUGCAUGAGUAUGAAUGGUUUGUAUGCUGAUCGGUUAGACCAAGAGAGGCAUCUAGACAAUAUUAACAUUUUUUCUGAUUCUUCACUAUUGCAAGCUGUUGCAGAUGCUGCAAUUCGAGUGAAAAAAUACUCCACUGCGUUUUUCUAUAACGAGUUGGUUUUAGAUGGUCGUUGUGUUGUCUCUCAUUUCCUUGAAACGGCGGAUGAAGCAAACUUGUAUGUGAGACACAAAGCGACUUUGCAGAAUUUAGUUGAAAGUGCUUUGGGUUUGUCUGAUUCCGACCUGGUUGACGCAUUUCCAAUGAUCACAAGCUCUUUUGACCUAUUUGAUAGCCAACAUGUCUAUAGCUUGGCCACACUUGCAGAGAGGAAUUGUCAGUACGAGCUGACAUUACGUUAUCUCGAUCAGUUUCUGAUCGCAACGGAGAAAUUUUCUCAUCAAUGUGAACCAAAGUUGCAGAGAACUGCUCUCUCCAAUUUGCCGUCUGUUCUAGCAAGAUGUGGCUUGCAUUAUUUGUCAGAUUGCAUAGACAAAAAUGCGUUGUCUUUUUCAAACUUUCUUUGCCAAAGUGAUUGCUCAUCUACGAAAAUUUCAUUGAAAAAUGAUGUGAACGUCUUUUCUAAUGCAGUGAGAGAUUUGACUGAAUGGUCGGCUUUUGCUAGCGAAACAUUUCAUCCGCAGAGCUACACUUCAGAUGAAGCAUUUUCUGACCAACCCCAGUGUAUUAUUCCGGAAGCACUUCGUAUAUGGCAUCUUCUUGAAGAAGUGUGUUUUGAGUCCUCCAGACAUAUAUCGCAAGUGGUAGCCAGGCUUCGGAUAAUUUCAUAUAGAGAAAAAGAAGAACAAGAUCUCUUCUCUGAAGUAGAACGCUUAUGCCUAUAUGAAGAUUGCGUUCAUGUCGAACUUGACGACGAAACUAUUCGACAACUUUGUGUCGUAAAUCUUGAGCGAAAGCAAUUUGCCAAAGUUGCUAUAUGGUUUGUGAAGUAUCUUGAUUUUUGGAAUCGAGGACCAAGAGAAAGCACAGCGAAAGAAGGGGCUUUUUAUGACCUUGUUCAACUGGUUCAAGAGUUUUGGAAACCCAGUUUUGUUAAUUUCCAAGAAAACGAUGAUAGUUCAACGAAUUUAUUGUCUUGUGUCUUUCGUCUAGAAAGAGCAAAGCUUUUGUAUGAAAAGAGAGAAUUCGACUCAGCUAUACAAGGAAUUUCUUCAAUGCUGAGCUGUUUUGCUGUCGAGCAACUGAUGGACUCUUCGUUAUCGGAAUCCAAACAAUCUACUUCAUCGAAACUUUUGCUUCAAACAUAUAUUCAUGCAACGCUUGUUUUAGGCAGGUGGCUCUAUGAAACACAUUCAGAGCCCGCAAAGGUUAUUUUUGAGAAAUACUUUAAUCAUGCAAAAGACAUUUGCAUGAAGUCUCAGCUCCUUGUUGAAUUAAGGUGUCAAAGUUUUUAUUAUCUCGCUUCCUUUUCAGAUCAGGUCUUGUCAACCAUUGAGGGAUAUGAGAAUUCUGCAGAACGUCGGUUUGAAAGCAGUUUAGACAAGCAACGUGAAGAAGAAUUGGAGAAAUGUAAAGAACUUGCGAAACAAAACAGACUGAAACGCUCACAGAAAGACGAACUUUUGCGUCAUAUUCGUUCUUUGCAAAAGGAGACCGACCACAAUAGGGCUAAACUUCAAGCCACUCGCGAGAACUGCGAAUUUUGGUUGAAGAAUGCUCUAGAAAAUUAUACUCAAUCUUUGCUUUCUGGACAUCAUUACACUCUGAUCAGCACCUUUCGUUUUGUGGAUCUCUGGAUGAAUAACAGCCUUAAUAGAGAAGUCAAUUCAUACAUAAUCUCAUUAUUGCAAUGCGAAAAUUCGACUCUAUUUCUAAGAAAAUUCAAGCCGUUGAUUUAUCAACUUUCAGGCAGACUCGAUAUGACGGAAAGUCUGUUUCACAAAGCUGUUUGCAAGUUCAUUUUUGAAAUGGCCAAAAUGUAUCCUCAUGACUGCAUUUGGCCACUUUUGGCUUUAUCGAAUGGCGAUAGAAUACCGCAAACUCAAAAAGGUGCAGAAAGGUUUACUGUUGAAGUAUCUAAAAAGGAUGCUGCAACAAAAAUUUUGAAGCAGCUAUUUCCUUUUCACAGUAAGCUUAUAAAACAAAUGAAAGAAGUAAGCGAGGCUUAUCUGGAACUUUCUGAGUUAUCUGUGGACUCGCAAGGUGAAUUUUCAAUCAAGUCACUUAUGCUGAGCAAUAUUCGCGACUUUAGAUUCGUUAGAGUUCCAAACACGUUGAAUAAUUUCAGACAUGAUGAUCAUCAGUAUGAAGAGGAACCCACCAUAGUUUCAUUCUUAGAAAAGUUUGAAAUUGCUGGAGGCAUAAAUCAUCCCAAGGUGAUUACUUGUUUAGGUUCCGAUGGGAAGGAGUAUAAGCAACUUGUAAAGGGUUCUGAUGACUUGAGACAGGACGCUAUUAUGCAACAAUUCUUUGAAAUCUCUAAUCAACUGCUGUUCAUGAAUCAAACAACUCGAAGUCGUAGAUUGUUCAUGCGAACCUACAACGUGCUUCCUUUGAGUCCAUGUGCAGGAGUGGUACAAUGGGUUGAAGGAACCAUUCCUCUUGGCAUAUAUUUAAUUGGUACAACAGGUUCAGAAAGAGAAAGUGCCCAUUGUCGUUUUAGACCUCAAGAUUGGUCAAGUGCUCAUUGUAGAAAGAGACUCCGUGAAGCUCCGGGGCACAUGAAAUCUGAAGUAUUCAAUGAAAUUUGUCAAAAUUUUCAACCUGUGUUUCGAUAUUUUUUUCUGGAAUACUUUCACAUUCCUUCUCAAUGUUUGGAACGUCGUUUGGCAUAUGCUCGUUCUGUAGCUACAAGUAGCAUCAUAGGCUAUUUAAUUGGACUGGGAGACCGUCAUUGUUCGAACAUUUUGUUGGAUUUGCAUUCUGCAGAAGUUGUUCAUAUUGACUUUGGUAUUUCAUUUGAGCAAGGAAGGUUGUUGCGAACUCCGGAACGUGUUCCCUUUCGUCUUACCAGAGACAUUGUGGAUGGAAUGGGUUCUUAUGGAGUGGAGGGACCCUUCAGGAGAUCUUGUGAAUCUACAUUAGGCGUUUUGCAAGACUAUAAGAAAAUCCUCCUCACAGUUAUCAAAGUUUUUCUUCAUGAUCCUUUGUUUCGUUGGGCUUUAUCUCCUUUGAAGGCUUUCUUGAAGCAGAGUGACAAGUGUUCCAAUGCCACUUUUUUACCGAAAGAGAGUACUAUUAAUUAUCCGAACAGUACUCUUCAUGAAGUAAAUGCAGUACAAGGAAAUAGCGAAGCUGCUCGUGCUCUUUUACGUAUUCAAGAGAAACUAAAUGGCUUCCUUGAAAACGAACAAGUUGACACCCGGACACAUGUCCGUCGUUUGAUUAAUGAUGCUAAGAAUGUAGAGUCUCUGUGCAAGAUGUUUGAAGGUUGGGCUCCUUGGGUAUGAGGAUUGUCGAAAAUAAUAUUCCAUAUGUAUUUGCUUCAUAUGUUUAUAUGUUUUGAGAUGAAGCAGAAGCAAUCAUGAACGUUUGUUGUUGAUUGUACUAUUGUCGGUCAAUUCUGUAGUAUUUUCUGUAUUUUUUGUUUUCUUUAUGUUUUUAUAUUCCAUUAUAUGCGCGUUGAUGUUUUCAGGCUGAAUACUUUCUUUAUGGUCUUUGAUAAACUUCAAUCUCUGUUA